AUGGAGCAUUUAGAGCAUGCGAAUCUCAAAUGGGAGUGCGCAUGUUGGUUCGAAUGGGCCGAAGGUCAUGUGAGUCAGGCCCAGAGGUGCAACAAAAAUGAGUUUAAGGCUCAAGGCUUUGGAGAGCAAGAACAUCGACAAACCCCGUUGAAGGAGGCGAAACUGCCCGUUAUUUGGGUACUUGGCGGUCCCGGAUCGGGUAAGGGCACUCAAUGCGAGAGGAUCGUGGCCAAGUAUGGCUACACGCACUUGUCCUCCGGAGAUCUUCUCCGGGCUGAGGUCCAAGGAGGCUCCGAUCGAGGCAAACAACUCAGCGCCAUCAUGGAGAAGGGCGAACUUGUCCCCAAGUUCGUCGUCUUAGAUCUCCUGGCUGAGGGUAUGCUGAGCAAGUUGAAUGAAUCCAAAGGCUUUCUCAUCGACGGCUAUCCUCGUGAGGUGGCCCAGGGUCAAGAUUUCGAGGCCGAGAUCCUCCCUUGCACGAGGAUUCUCUACUUUGACGUCUCUGAUGGUUGCAUGACCGAGAGGCUGUUGAACCGCGGCAAAUCUUCGGGUCGUGUGGACGAUAACGAGGAGACCAUCAAAAAGCGCCUUAACACGUUCCAUGAACACUCGAAGCCGGUCAUUGAAGCGUACAAAGAGAAAUGCGUUUGCAUCCCUGCGGAGAGAAAUCCAGAUGACAUCUUCGCUGACGUCUCCAAGGCACUGGAUGCUUUGUAAGGCAAUCCAUACUCCAGAGCACAAAGUGUAUGUUCCCGAUUUUGUUCCAGAAAUGUGGGAAUCAAUCCAAAAAAUACCAAUGAAAUCACAAGUCAUUCAAACGUGGUGCUUUACGCAUGAAAAAAAAAACCAACGCCUGAAUUAUGUCUACAUAGAUGAAUAAAUAUAUAGCCUUGAACAAGUAUA